UUUGUUGUCAUACACACACCGACUGUCUUUACUAAUGGACUAUGUCUAGGUCUCAUACUGAAACCACCUUUAUUUAAGUCCUCCUUUCACGUCCAGCUAGUGUAAUUCAGAAGUAGCGUAUAGUUGUGUGUGAGUGUGUGGUUACAGGCAUGGAGGAUGCACACAGUUACAGUUAGGUAAGCAGGGUGUCGACAGGUGAAGAAAACGGGGCUACACCUUCACGGUAUUUUACCUCUUCCUGCGGAUAAACCUCCCCUGCCCUCCGGGUUCACUUCUCUGCUUUACCCGCUUCUCCUGUUUUCAUCACCGGACUCCUCUUCGGGGUUUACCUCGGUAGCAGAAAUGUCGGAGGAAAAAACGGAUAUUUCCAACGAACUGUUCGAGAGUGUGCGGGAGGCGGUGGGUCGCAGGGUGAAGCUGACCCUGAGGCGCAAAGUCCAGCUGGAGGUCAAAGGUGACAAGGUGGAGAACAGAGUGCUGGCCCUGGCCUCACAUCGAGCCUAUCUGCUGACAGCACGGGUCCCUUCCAAGGUGGAACACUCCUUCAGCUACCUGGAUAUCCAGGGAAUCAGCAGCAACAAACCCACUCAGCUGGUGUUGGAGUAUGAGCGCGGGCCGUGGAGCAUGCGGCUGAGCUCGGUGGACGAGGUGGACGAGGUGAUCGCUCACAUCGGCUGCUGCCUGCACCGCAUCCGCCCCGCCUGCUCACCUGUCAAGGUGAUGAAGAAGCUGAGUCUGAAGCCUCCUGAGAGGACGGCGUCUCUCCAGGCCCUCUGGGACGAGCAGAGCUCUGCAGACCUGGGGCCCUGCGGCGGGUUUUCUCAUCAGUACUGGUGUGUGUGUGAUUACCUGGGUCUGCCGUACAGAGAGGAGGUCCAAUGGGAUGUGGACACCAUCUAUCUCACUCAGGACACCAAAGAGCUCAACCUGCAGGACUUCAUUCACCUUGAGAACAGGGAUCUGGUGGCGAUCAUCGCAGCUCUGGAGUACAACCAGUGGUUCACUAAAGUCUCCGCCAAAGACUGCAAACUGUCGACAGAUAUAUGUGAGCAGAUCUUGAGGGUGGUGGCUCGGUCCAGCCGGCUGGAAGAGCUGGUGCUGGACAACACUGGACUCAGAAGUGAUUUUGCUCAGAAACUGGCCAGCGCUCUGUCCCACAACCCCGCCUCCACGCUGCAGACACUCAACCUGAGCAACAACUCCCUGGAGGACAAAGGUGUUGCUGCUCUCAGUGCUCAAAUUGCCAAACUGCCCAUGGGCCUGAAGCACCUGAACCUCUCCAGGACCUCCAUGUCUCAUAAAGGUGUGAGCAGCCUCUGUCAGGCUCUCUGUGCCAACCCUGCAGUGUCCGCCGCCCUCACACACCUGGACCUGUCGGGGAACUCGCUCAGAGGAGAUGACCUGCAGAACCUGCACAGCUUCCUGAAUAACCCAAACUGCCUGGAGACUCUGGAUCUGUCUAACAGUGACUGCCCUCUGGAUCAGGUGUGUGCGUCUCUGCUCGGAGGCUGCCUGAAGCAUCUCUCUGUGCUCAACAUGUCAAAGUCAGUCUUCUCUCACAGGAAGAUUAAAGAGAUCCCUUCGUCCUUCAAGCAGUUCUUCAGCAGCGCUCUGGCUCUGAGCUCAGUCAGUCUGUCAGGAACCAGGCUGCCUCUGGAGGCUCUGAAAGCGUUGUUAUUGGGGCUCGGCUGCAACCCAAACCUUAGCGACGUGUCUCUGGAUCUCAGCUGCUGUGAGCUGCGUUCAGGAGGCUCCCAGAUCCUGGAGGGCUGUGUGGCAGAGAUUCCCAACAUCUCCAGUCUGGAUAUUUCUGACAACGGGCUGGACAUGGACCUGACCACCCUGCUGGUCUGGCUGGCCAAGAACCGCUCCAUCAGACACCUGUCACUGGGCAAGAACUUCAACAACAUCAAGUCUAAAAAUGUGUCUCAGGUCCUGGACAACCUGGUUCACAUGAUUCAAGAGGAGGAUUCACCGCUGACCUCUCUGUCCCUGGCUGACUCCCGGCUGAAGACGGACCUCUCCAUCGUCCUCAACGCUCUGGGCAGCAACACCUCUCUGACCAAACUGGACAUCAGCGGGAACGCCAUGGGAGACAUGGGGGCCAAGAUGCUGGCCAAAGCCCUGCAGAUCAACACCAAGCUCAGGACGAUAGUGUGGGACAGGAACAGCAUCAGUCCUCAGGGUCUACAGGACGUCGCUGCUGCUCUGGAGAAGAACUACACCAUUCGCUUCAUGCCUAUUCCCAUCAUGGAUGCUGCUCAGGCACUGAAGGCGAGCCCAGAGAAGACGGAGGACGCCUUACUGAAGAUGGAGCAGUACCUGCUGAGGAACCAUGAGACGCGUAAAUACCUCCAGGAGCAGGCGUACAGGCUGCAGCAGGGGAUAGUCACCACCACCACACAACAGAUGAUGGACAUGAUGUGUGUGAAGGUGCAGGACCACCUGAACUCUCUGAGGUUCACAGAGACCAACUCGGUCCAGGAGGACAUGAAGGUGGCAGAGAACUUCAUGAAAGACGCCAAGAACUCCAAGACACUGCUCCCUAACCUGUACCACCUGAGGAGUGGGGGGUCCAGUGGAGUGUGUGUUGGAGCCAUUCAGGACAAACUGGAGUCCAUGGCAGGAGAGGUUUCCCGGGUGAUGGACGAACAGCUGCAGACGAUGCUGGUGUCCAUGGUGGACACUGCAGAGGGUCUGUGUCCUCAUGUGAUGAAGAGGGGUAGCCUUCGCCAGGAGCUCCUGAAGGCCGGAUCAGGGAAGAUGACGGUUCCCCGCAGCUUCAUCAGCACCACGCUGCUGGAGCAGUCCGGGGUCGACAUCAUCAACAAGAUAAGUGAAUUGAAGCUGAGCAUGGCCUCUUUUCUGUCUGAUCGUAUCGUGGAUGAGAUCCUGGAUUCUCUGUCCAGAUCACAGCACACUCUGGGUGACCAUCUGAUCAGGAAGAGUCAGCCACUGCUGCAUCACGAUCCCCCGCUGGAGGCAGAGGUUCUGGAUGAGGUGGUUCUGCAGCCAGCCAAUCACAACCAGGAUCAGAAAUUAAAACAUGAGCGGGAUCACAAACACAGGCUGGAAGACAUGGACACAUGCAUUAUGACCCCUAAAUCAAAGAGGAAGAGUAUUCUGGUCAGGAUGCUGCGCCCCGUCUCUGUGGCAUUUGAGAUGGAAUUUGACCUGGACAAAGCUCUGGAGGAAGUUCCUAUCCAUGUCGAGGACCCCCCUCCACCUCCUCCUCCUUCACAGCCAUUGGACAGAGCGUCGGCCUACUAUGGAGACCUCCCCCCUCCCCCUACUCCCCUGGAUACAAAUUCUGUCUGUCUAAGCGAGCUGCCAGUGGUGGAGCACAAGAUGCUGGAGAGUCACACCAAACAACGGCCAAAACCCAAGAAGAGGACCAAACCCAGCCGACCAACUCGGAAAUCCACCGGCAGCUCGGCGCCACAAGAUGCAGAGCCAAACAGCAUUAUGGGAAAACUGGAUGAGGGCCUGGAUGACUUCUUCACCAAGAAAGUCAUUAAACUGAGCUUCAAACUUCCCACUGUAAGAGGCCUGUCCUCAAGCCCGCAGGAAUCGGCAGAUAAGAAACGUGAAUCCAGGAAAAGCGGUUUCUUUAACCUCAUCAAAUCCCGGACAUCCCGCUCGGAGAAGAGCACUGGAGCUGCCUCCAUCACUCCCCCCCACCCUGCUUCCACAACUACUGUCUCAACCUCUCACUCUAUUACCCCAGUGCAUGAGGAAACAACACCAACAUCAUCCACUGCUCACACAAAAAUCCCUACCACUGCGGAGGACUCCCAUCAGGAGCUCCACAGGGAACCAUCCUUGGAACACACAGAUUCUGAGAGGGAGGUUUCUUCGACGGACACUGAACCUAAUGAGGAGUUGAAGACGGAGGAGGAUGUGGAGAAGGAAAAUGUUGAGGAUAACGAGAACCUGGAGAAGAAGGAGAACCCCCAAAUUCCCCGCAAUAUUGGAGUCCCUGUGAUGGGCAUGGGCCUGAUGGCUGAAAUGAAGGCAAGGCAGGAGAGAAUGGCUGUAAAGAAGUCUGAGUCGUCAUCUUUGCUGGACAAGGUGGAAGAAGACAACGCCAAGUCAGACGUCCAUCCCACUGUGCCAGCAGACGAUGAAGAGUCCAGACCAGAGCCGACUCCAAGGUCAAAACCACCCAGCGUCACCCCCAAACCCCCUCCUCAGGCUGCCAAACCCCCUCUAGGGUCCCGCAUCUCUGGGCCCCUCAGUCCUGUCAGUCCAACCAGUCCCAGGCCGAGCAGCACCUUCAUCCUCGAUGACUCUGCUGAGGCUUCAUCAGGAACCUCAGCAGCCAAAGGUCCACUUCCUGCUCCUCGCCUGAAGAGGGCGCCGUCAGAGCAGGAGAGAGAGAGCACCAGCAGCAGCUCAGCAGGACCCCUGUCCCCUCUGGAAGAUGAGUUUCCUGGGGAUGGUGAUGCGUUUGAGCCACUCAGUCCAGCGGGAGAUCACAGCGUUGGUGGCAGACACUGGUCCUCUCUGAAGAGCUCAGCUCCUCCUCAUCUUCUCUCCAGCGAGGACGACCGAGAGAGAACCAAGUCCCUCCCAGCCUUCGUGAGUCCUCCAUCCCUGGCAGACACUGAUCUCAGUCCAGCUGAGGAGGAGUUUUUAUCUCGGACCGCUGAUCUGAAGUCUGAUAGCAAAUCAGAGGACGAUUCAGACGACUCCACUUCAGUCUGACACCAUCGACAUGUCUUCUCUUUUAAAUCCUGAUUCCAUCUACAUUUGAAAAACAAAACAAAACAAACAAACAGUCAAGGCAGAGACAGUGGACAAUGAUUAAUUUUUACAAUUCCUGGUGAGGACACUGUAAAUAAUUUAGAGUCACGCUAUAAUCAGUUUCCUGACCCUGGAUCAGUGCCAGCUGCUCAGCCAUGGACACCAGAACAGCUCCAUUACCGCCUCUGUCAACAGCUCUAAUAGGACCAUAAAGACAUGUUGUAUCUGCUGCAGAGACAUCUGUUAGAUAACCACAUCCAGAUAUAAAAAGGUCAGUUAGUCCAAAGCACUGAGGAGAAGGAGUCUCUCUGUGAGGACGUCCAGGUGGAGGCAGUUUGUUUUACUGUGUUUCCCCUCUGCAGCUGAACCAAUGCUGGGCACUUCUACCAGUAGGUCUUCUGGAGAUAAGGCUCUAAUACAUAAAUAUGUUUUUAUCCUCUAAACAUUCACCGCUCGCCUUGAAACAUUUACUGUCUGUAAAUUAGAAAAUGUCAAAAUUACAACAAGAAAGUGUAAAAAAACAAAGAUAAUUCUGCUGCUAAAGCCAGAAUGUAACUCUUUUGUUUUAUAUGUAUCAAAAGUUCAAAUGAAUGUUAAGAAAAAUUCCCUCUUAAUUUUUGAAGAACGUCCAUCUUGUCCAUGACUGCUAAAGGUGAUGUGGUUGAACGCUCUGGAAAAGCCAGAAAGUGGGCUUUGAUUUGGGAUUUUUUUUUGUUUUAUGAAAUUACUAUUUCCAAAUUCAAGAGGCUCAAUAACGAGGUAUAAAUCAUUUUUGAAAAAAUACAUAAAUAAAUAAUAUAAUAAAUAGGUUUAUUUUCAAUUAAACAGAUGUUUCUUACACUGAAAACAUACACUUUGUGUGGUGUGAAAUGCAGAAAAACAACUCUUGGUUGAGUUUCUUUGUUCAUAUCAUGUCGUCAUUCUGACUUAAAUAAUAUGUACUAUAAAUAUAUACAUACUGUUCAUUUUAACAUCCACGUUUAUGUAACACAAACUCAAAGAAGUUUCUGAAAUGACUGUAUAUCUGAUCUGGUGUCUAAUAGUGCCUGGAAAGUCAAACCACACUGACAAGAGCAAUAACCUACAAUCCUAUGCUGUAGUUGUUUCCACAUUUAGACUUGUGAACACUUUUAUUUCCUGCUGUCACAAUUCAGAAUGUCCACUGUGAGAUAACAUGUUAGCAUAUGAAAAGAUACAUGUUGUAUUCCUUACAUUCAUAUUUAACUUCAGCUUUCAAGCUGUGUCUUGGCCUAUAACAAACUGCUUUAUGUAAAUCAUGUACUGCUGCACUUACACAUGUAUUAUGUAUCAAUGUAAAUAUGUGCUAACAACACUAUGUUUAUGGUUGUGUAUAAAAUAAAUGGGGUUUAUAUCAGAGUGAAAUGCACAAACUCUGGGGGUUUAUAUUGUAAAAAAAGUACUAGAAAAACAUGCUGUUGAAUCUGCAUUAGUUUCCAUUUAAGGUGAUGGUUUUUAUUUUAUGGGGAAAUAUUUUUGACAUUAUUUCAAAAUAAAUCUGAUCUUUUUUAAAGACUUGGUAAA